AUGCAGAAUGACAGCGAGCUUGUGGACUUGUACAUGUGGUGGAAAGGCUCUGCUACUAACCGCAUUACCGGUGCCAAGGACCAUGCAUCCAUCCAGAUAAACGUGGUGGAGGUCGACAAGGUCACAGGCAGGUUUAACGGCCAGUUUAAAAUCUAUGCUAUCUGCGAAGUCAUUCGCAGGGUGGGUGAGUCAGAUGACUCCAUUCUCUGA